AAAAAAGAGAAAAGGAUUAAAAAUAAAAAUGCUUGGUAGUGUUGGGGGGGUUUGACAUUAAGUUGGAGCAAUCAAUAAAGAAGCUUUAGUAGUCAUACUCCAUUGUCAUUUGUUGUGUUGUUUUUCCGAAAAUCAAGAACCGUUGAAAUGGCAUCGUCUUCCCCAAAGGAGCAAUCGAGGGACGAGGAUCGGGAAGAGGAACAGCAACAGCCGCAGCAGGCAGUGAAAGAGUGCGUCCACAAAACCAAAACGAUUCAGUUUCUUGGACGCACCACUCCGAUCGUUCUUCAAAACGACAAUGGACCUUGCCCGCUCCUCGCUAUCUGUAACGUUCUUCUGUUAAGAAACAACUUAAAUCUGAGUCCAGAUAUUGCUGAAGUCUCACAGGAGAAAUUGCUUUCAUUGGUUGCUGAACGAUUAAUUGAUUCAAAUAGUAACGUGAAUAACAAAGAUGCAGGUUAUGUUGAAAAUCAACAACAGAACAUUGCUGAUGCAAUUGACUUGCUUCCUAGGCUUGCUACUGGCAUUGAUGUAAAUAUAAAAUUUAGGAGAAUAGAUGAUUUUGAAUUCACUCGAGAGUGUGCAAUAUUUGAUCUGCUGGACAUCCCUUUGUAUCAUGGCUGGAUUGUUGAUCCUCAGGAUUAUGACACUGCAAAUGCAAUUGGAUCAAAGUCCUAUAAUGCCCUUACGGGGGAGCUUGUCUCUCUUGAUACACUUAACAUGGAAGUCCAUCAUAAAAAUAAUCCAGAAGAAGAUUGUGUUGAUUUUGUGGCUGCAACAACUGCUACACUUGGAGUUCCUUCUCCCAGUCUUUCAAAGGCCAGGUCUUUUGAUGAUUCGUCUCAUUGUGUUGAUUUCUCUAAUACUGAUCAUAUCCCAAGGAAAGGUGAUCUUGAAGAAGAGGCAGAGUUGUUGAGAGUUUUGAAACUGUCUGAGGAUGAUUCUACAGCUUCAGUAAGUGAUCCUGUUGUAGGUCAUGUAAAUGGAGGAGAAAUUUCUGUCAGUGUGGAUAGAAAUAUGUGUAACGAGCAGGUUAUGAAUAUGGAUUCGGGAGAUAAAUUAGGGAAUAGCACUGGCGCUGGUAACAGUGUCAUUCAUGACCCAGAGCCUUCCAUAUCUGAUGAUUGCACUGCUUCUGGCAAAGACCACAAUGAACAGAUAUCUUAUUCUUCUACAUUGGGAGAGGCAGCUAAUCCAUCCUUAAAGACUGAUACCAUAAGUGACCAUCAAUUAGCUUAUACGGGACCUGAAGAAUCUUUUGACCUGAAUAAUGUGAUUGAGAAGAACAGCCUUGAUGCAUUGGUCCAGAAUGAGAAUGAAGUUAUCCCUUCUCCUGAAAAACACCCUAUCUCUUUGUUUGAGUGCCAUGCAGAUGUUUCUGGAGGAGAUGGAAAAGUCCAUGAUCAGUCCAUUCCUACAACUAUAGAUCAUGAAGUUAUAGGUGAAUCUCAUGGACCUGAUGCCACAGGAUUAUCAUUCUCAUCCCCAGGUCAUACAAAUUCAGAUUCAUCUAGUGUCAAAUAUAAUCAAACUGAUGUUUCGGGAGCAUUGACUUCAAGUGUUAAUGGGAGUGAGCCCAUAUAUGAAGGAGAAGAAUGUGUGUUGGAUACAAGAACCGGAAAUUUUGAGGAUCGUGAACCUAUUUAUGAAGGUGAGGUGGUACUUGCAGAACAGGCUGACAAAAGCACCUUAGCUGCUCCUGAUCUAAGAGCUAAGGAUGAACUUACCCCAGAACAAGGUGAAUUGAUCAAAAGUUUCUUGAGGAAUAAUGCCAGCCAGUUGACAUUUUAUGGCCUUUUCUGUUUACAAGAUGGGCUCAAAGAGCGUGAGCUGUGUGUUUUUUUCCGUAACAAUCAUUUCAGCACCAUGUUCAAGUUUGAGGGUGAGCUCUAUCUUCUGGCCACGGACCAAGGUUACAUAAAUCAGCCUGAUCUGGUCUGGGAAAAACUGAAUGAGAAAUUUUGUUAUGUACUUAUCUUUCAGGUCAAUGGUGAUACAUUGUUUAUGACCAGUAACUUCAAGGAAUUCAAGGUAGAAAGCCAUGAAAAUAGCACAUGGGAUGAGAGCAAUGCUCUGACCAGCACUGCUGACUAUCUUGCCAGCAUAGACAGUGCAGCACAAGCAGGCUUAGAUAUCAAUUCUGAUCUGCAAUUAGCAAUAGCCUUGCAACAACAGGAGUUUGAGCAGCAACCAUCGCGCCAGAAUAACUCACAGCAAUCAUCUAUUGGUGGUAGCUCUAGACUGGUCACAGGUCCCCAGGUGGCAAGAAACCCUGGAAGACAUUCAUCUUCAUCUACAUCAUCAUCUCCCAGGCCUGAUGGAAAAUCCAAAGAAAAAUGUAUAGUGAUGUGAAUUUCACAAGCAUAGAUUAUUUAGAACCUUGCACUUUAAAAUGCGCCGCCUUGAUUAUUGUACCCCAUUACAGCAAUCUUAUUCCUGAUGUUUUGUAUGUGAUAUUUUAGGUAAAGUUUGUUAUGUAAAUAUUGGAAGUAUAUAGUGUACAACAGUGCUAGGUCCUUUUUAACUGUGACCACAACACUCAACCCUCCCCGCCGCUACUUAUUAUUGUCUGGACUAACCAUUCCAACCAACGUUUCUAUGCUGAUUGAUUGUGCUAUGCAGCACUUCAAGCAGGGAGUUAAAGCCCAGUUUUACCAUUGCCA